AGAUGGCAGUCAGUAUAAAUACAGAGCGCGAAGGGAGAGGACAGGAGUCAGUCUUUAUUGAAACGCGUCGUGUUUAUCGUACAGUUUUGCAUUUCAAACCAUUACACUCCUUUCAAAAUGGGGAGGGAUGCCCUUUGAAGCAAUCCCGGGAGCAUCUAAACACUCUUUUACCUGCUUGCCUACUACCGACCAGAAAAGUUUCUUCUUGGAGUUGAGUUAUAUCGUCUUGCCAAAGUUUUUUUUUUCAGCAGACGUGUUGCCCUUGAAGAUCCGGAAAUCAAAGCAAAUGAAAUGACUACUAGACUUGACCGACUGUUUCUUCUGCUGGACACUGGUUCCACUCCAUUAGUCCGGAAAUCUGCAGCCGAGCAACUUGGGGAAGUACAGAGACUCCAUCCACAUGAACUGCAAAACUUGUUGACUAAGGUGCACAUGUACUUGCGCAGCCCAACAUGGGAAACCCGUAUUGCCUCUGGUCAAGCAGUAGAGGCUAUUGCAAAGAAUGUGCCACAGUGGGAACCAGUUGGACUAGUGAAAAAAGAGGAAAGCUCUCCAAUACCUAUUUCGGGAAAACUGCCUCUGUCCCAAUUUGAUAUUGGUAAAGUGCUUGAGAAUGGAACCUCUCUGCUGGGAUCAGAAGGAAAAGAAUUCGAAGAAGAGUGCCAGCCAGGUUUGGACCAGAAAGAAAAGUUAACAUUACAGAGGCAGAAGCUGAACAAGCGGCUAGGUUUGGACAUAGCAGGUGGUAUGGGAAUGGAGACAGACUUGUUCUCUGAUGAAGACCUCAUGAUGAAGCAAGAAAACAGGCAACAGGGGACAAAGCAGGAAUCAUCACAAGAAGCUGUGGCUGAAGUAGUUCAACAGUUGAUGGUGUUCAGCAAUCCACAGAUGAGUGCCAGAGAAAAGAACAGGGCUAAGAGGAAAGCUAAGCAGCUAGCCAAGCAAAGAUCAAAGGAUGUGUCUGAGACCCCACAAAGCAAUGGAGCUGAGGAUGGAGAACCCUCUAAUAAAAUGAGGAAGACAUUAGUGAUGGACGAAGGCAAACCAGCAGCUGAUUCAAAACCUGAUAAUACCAUGGACUUUGAUGAGAAUGAAGAGUGGCCAUUUGAGUCCUUCUGUGAGCUCCUGUUGGGUGACCUGUUCAGCACGUCUUGGGAGGUGAGGCAUGGUGCUGCCACUGGACUGAGGGAGGUGAUCAAGCUGCAUGGGAAGGGGGCUGGCAAGAUGGUGGACAUAUCAGCAGACCAGAUGAGUACAGCCAACCAGUUGUGGCUAGAAGAUGUUGCCCUGAGGUUGCUCUGUGUUAUGGCACUGGACAGAUUUGGGGAUUUUGUGUCAGAUGAGGUUGUGGCUCCAGUCCGCGAGACCUGUGCACAAACACUGGGGACCACACUUCACUAUAUGGAAGUGGAGAGUGUCCAGGGGGUCCUGCAUAUUCUAAUGCAGCUGCUAGGACAAAGGCAGUGGGAAGUUCGUCACGGGGGACUGCUGGGGCUCAAGUACUUACUAGCAGUUAGGCAGGAUAUGACAGGCAAGCUUCUGCCGCUGGUGUUACCUGUGAUAAUGAAUGGACUGCAGGACUCUGUAGAUGAUGUGUGCUCAGUGGCUGCAGCCUCCCUCAUCCCUGUGGCUGAUACUUUGGUCAAAGUGCUGCCUCGCCAGGUCCCAACUAUUAUCAGUUGUUUGUGGGACACUUUGCUAGAUUUAGAUGAUCUCACUGCCUCCACCAACAGUAUUAUGACUCUACUGUCUACUCUAUUGGCACGACCUCAAGCAGGGGAGUCAGAGAGCACAAAUCUUUCAUUGUCUGAACUUGUACCCAGACUCUGGCCUUUCUUAAGGCACAAUAUUACCUCAGUGAGAAAAUGUGUACUUACCACGCUUCAUAUUUUGCUGACCAGUGAGCGCCAGCCACAUGCUACUUGGCUAAUCCCCAUACUCCAAGAUGCACUAAGGCAUGUGUAUCAAAGAGUGCUACUUGAAGAAAAAGCAGAAUUGCUAGAUUUGAUUCAGCAGGUUUGGUGCUCUGUCUUAGAGAAAUCUCCCCUGGACUACUUAAUUGCUGCCACCUCUCCUUUCCUGGGGACCUGGCUUUGCAUGAUGAUGCAACCGUCACGCCUUCCUUUUGACCAAAACUUUCUCAUCGAUGCAAAACAUAAGGAUAAGAGUCUGACCCCAGGUAAAUCCCGCAGUUUUUCUGAGGUUCCGAGCCCCGUGCAUGAUAAACUGGAUAAAGAAUAUAUUGCUGGCACCUUUUCUCUAAGUGAUACACAGGCCAAUAGGGACGCAUGUGUCAUGCGGGCCAGAAUUACAGCUGGAAGAAUGCUGGGCAUUUUGUGCUCCUACCUUACAAAACCUGUACCAAACUAUCCCGAGAACAUGGAAACACCAAGUGAUGCUCUUUUAAAACUGUUGCUAUUUCACCUCAAUUCCAAGUCUGCCCUGCAGAGGAUGGCUAUUGGGCAGAUAGUCAUGGUUUGGGCCAGUCAGGAACAGGAGAACAAGUGCCCAGAAAUGGUAAAAGAAAAAAUCGUGAUGUGUUUGAAUGAAGCUGUGUACUUUGAUGAGAUAGCCAUGUUGUUCACAAGAAUGCAAACAGAGUGUAGGGAUUUUGUUGCAAGUCUCAAGCAGCAAAAAAUUAACAUGGAUUCUUUUAUUCAACCCGGGACAAUACUAACAAUAGACCAGGCACAAGCUUUGGCAACCACUACCUUUGAUGCUGUAAAAGGGAACCUCAAACCCAAGCAACUGCAAGAAUUUGAACAGAGAAGAGGUCAUUUGUUAACCAGUAUUACACAGACCAGUUCAGAGCUUCAGACUUUAACUAUCAGGGUGCAGUCAAGCUUGGCAGGGGCAACUAUUCUCUUGCACUAUCUACCAGAAAAAUUAAAUCCUGUGAUCCGCCCUCUGAUGGAUAUUAUAAAAAAAGAAGACAAUCCAGAUAUUCAGAGGCAAGCAGCUGCCAACUUAUCCCAGCUGCUGUCUCAGUGUAUCACUCGUAACCCAUGUCCAAAUGGCAAAGUGGUGAAGAAUCUCUGCGUUUGGGUGUGUUCUGAUCCCACAUUCACUCCUGGCAUUAGUCAACCAGUGAUGGCAAAAUAUGUGCCAGAUCCCAAUGAUAAAACUGUUCCUUGUGAUAUGUACUCAGGAAUCGUUACUCUGACAAAACAACAGAAGGGCAUGGAGAAAAUUGGAAGAAGACCAGGAAGGAGACCAGCUAAUGUACCAGUUGAGAUUUCACCAGAAAUGGUGGCCGAAAUAAAUGAGGCACAACGGCAGCUGUUCAUUCAAAGACGUGGUGCCACCUUUGCUAUCACUACAAUAGCUGAGAAUAUGGCCAGUGAUCUCCCAAAUAAAGUGCCAACCCUCUGGGACAAUACCAUUAAACCUAUAUCUGUGAUAAAUGAGUCUGGACUUGAUGCAUCCAGUUUGGGGAGUGAUGAAAACACAGCUCAAGAGUUACUUCAUUCUCUACAAGUCAUGGAGAUGGUAGGACCGAGCCUUCAUAGACAGCUGCAAGCACAGAUUUUGCAGAAGCUGCCAGCUCUGACAGUAUGUCUACAGCACCCUUUCACUGCUUUACGCCACAUGGCUGCCAGGUGCUUGGGAAUGCUAAGUAAACUAGACACUGUAGAGACCAUGAACUAUGUGUUGGAACAUGUACUACCACUGCUAGGUUCAACAGACAGUGAGGUCUGUCGUGGAGGAGCCAUAGAGGCUUUAACUCAUAUCAUAGACAGUCUGGGUGUAGAUAUAGUGGCCUACAUUGUACUUAUGGUGGUUCCCAUCCUAGGCUGUAUGAGUGAUCUCAAUGAAGCUGUCAGGCUCAUGGCCACUUACUGCUUUGCUACACUCAUAAGACUGAUGCCUUUGGAGUCUGGCAUACCUGAUCCCCCUGAAAUGAAGAGCUCUCUUGUCAAACAAAAGGAGAAAGAGAGAAAAUUCUUGGAGCAGUUGCUAGACAGCAGCAAAGUAGAAGACUACGUUUGUCCUGUUCCCAUCAAAGCUGAACUACGCAAAUACCAGCAGGAUGGUAUCAACUGGCUAGCCUUCUUGAAUACAUACAAGCUUCAUGGAAUACUCUGUGAUGACAUGGGACUUGGGAAAACCCUGAUGUCUAUAUGUAUCCUGGCUGGUGACCACUAUGAUAGGGAGCAGAGGUACAAGCAAACCCAGGCUGCAGACAGUGUCCCCAUGCCAUCUAUAGUUGUGUGUCCACCCACCCUGACUGGACACUGGGUCUAUGAAGUGGAGAAGUUUGUCAGUAAGGAGUAUCUCAAUCCUUUGCAUUACACAGGUCCCGUCAUGGAGAGGGUGAAGCUCAGAAGCAAAGUGAAAAAGCACAAUUUGAUAGUUGUUUCUUAUGACAUUGUUAGAAAUGACAUAGAAUUCUUUGGGGCAAUUAAGUGGAACUAUUGUAUAUUGGAUGAAGGACAUAUAAUCAAGAAUGGCAAAACCAAGAUCUCUAAGUCUGUGAAACAGUUGGUCUGUAACCAUCGCCUGAUCCUGUCUGGCACACCAAUCCAGAACAAUGUCUUGGAGCUGUGGUCUUUGUUUGAUUUUUUGAUGCCUGGUUUUCUUGGUACAGAGAAACAAUUCACGGCCAAGUAUGGCCGCCCCAUACUGCAAAGCAGGGAUGCCAAGAGUUCUUCAAAGGAGCAAGAAGCAGGUGCAUUGGCUAUGGAAGCCCUGCACAGACAGGUAUUGCCCUUCCUGCUCAGAAGACUCAAAGAGGAUGUUUUACAAGAUCUUCCACCAAAAAUCAUUCAGGAUUAUUACUGUGAUUUAAGUCCACUUCAGGUUCAGUUAUAUGAAGACUUUGCCAAGUCCCGAGCCAAGAAGAAUGUAGAAAGUGACAUAGAAGAAGGAGAUGGAAAAUCAAGCGCACACUCUCACAUCUUCCAGGCUUUGCAAUACCUUCGUAAAGUAUGUAACCACCCUGCAUUGGUCCUUACACCUCAACAUCCAGAGUACAACAAAGUUAUGGCACAACUGAUGAUGGAGAAGACCACUCUCAAAGAUAUACAGCAUGCCGCAAAGCUCACUGCUUUAAGGCAAUUGUUGACAGACUGUGGUAUUGGCGUAGGGGCUGACUCCAAUGCUUCUGAUGCUCCAGUUGUCAACCAACACAGGGUCCUGGUGUUCUGCCAGCUCAAGAGUAUGCUAGAUAUGGUGGAGAAGGAUUUGCUCUUGGCCCACAUGCCAAAUGUGACCUACCUGCGCCUGGAUGGGAGUGUGCCAGCAGGGAGUAGGCAUGGGUUAGUGAACAGGUUCAACAACGACCCCUCCAUAGACAUUUUACUACUUACUACCCAUGUUGGAGGACUUGGGCUAAACCUCACUGGGGCAGACACGGUCAUCUUUGUGGAGCAUGAUUGGAACCCAAUGAAAGAUUUGCAGGCCAUGGAUCGUGCACACAGGAUAGGGCAGAAGAAAGUAGUAAAUGUUUACAGAUUGAUAACAAGAGGAACUUUGGAAGAAAAAAUAAUGGGGCUUCAAAAGUUCAAGCUGACAAUAGCCAAUACUGUGAUAAGUCAAGAAAACUCCAGUUUGGUUUCCAUGGGAACAGAUCAGCUCCUAGAUCUGUUUACACUGGAUGACAGUAAGAAAGGCACACCAAGUGAGGCUAAGCCAGAACAUGGGAAAGAAAGCAUGAAAUCUAUUCUGGAGAAUAUGGACGAGCUUUGGGAUGAAAAACAAUAUGAAACAGAGUAUGACUUGGGGAGUUUUAUGCAGUCUCUAGCACAGUGAAAUCGACUGCUUAACCAUAAUAAGUUGUUGACAUUCUUCAUUUGUAUGAAUAGUAUUUUGCUCAGUAAAUAUGUUGUGAUAUGAUCAGCAGUACUUAAGAUCCUGUGUACGUUUUUGGCAAGUUUGUGAUACAAUUUAUGAUCAGUUUGUGUUUUUCAUUCAAUUUUAGAAGUUGUGUUUAAAUUUCAUUUGAUAAUUAGUUCUGAGUCAGAGCAUCAUGAAAUGUUCACUGAUAUUCAAAAGGUUUGAACUGAUAAAAACCAUAUACAUUAAAAGUGUUGGAUGCCAAAGCCGUUGCUCCGCUUGAUGCAAAUGACGUACAUGAUUUUUUUGUCACAUUUGUUGACACAUUUACCAUGCUUGACUAAUGACGGAUUAUAUUCAGAAGCAUUAUCAAGUUGCUAUCUAAAAAGUGAAUGCACAAUGCAUACCAGUUACAUUGGUUUGUUGACUAACAUACCCAUAGUUAAUUUAACCAGUAUUUUUAUUGCUCUUUUGGUAUUGCAAAAGGUUCAAGUGUACAUUUGAAUGCCAUGAAAAAAAUUCUGCUAAUGGUAAAUAAGAAGACUAUUACAUU